UUCCACCCAAACAGAGGAGGUUAAGCAGGGCUAGAACAGGGAGACUCCUGGAGUCUGCCUAGGUUAGAGAGGUAAACAGUGAAGUAUUUGUGAUUUCAUGUAGACCUGGCCAGUCAGCAGCCAAUCAAACAAGGAAUCCGAGAGGACAUGAAGGGAACUGAGAAUUAGCCUGUCAGAGAGAGGGGAAAGGGUCCAUCUGGGUCAAGCAUUAGUAAGUUUGGUGUCAGCAAGGGGUGAAUUAGCAUGGCCCCUUUGGUGUUUAGCAAGUCAUUUCAGCUGGCCAGAUGCAGAAGGCUUCAAGCACACUAGGUAGCCUGGGAACACCCACUGGGGAGUGUUCACGUUUGCAUUUUACAAAAUUCUUGACAGUUAUUGGAAGAGAAUUGGAAAGGGAUAAGAACGAAGGUAGGGAGACUAUGGCAGGAGUUCAGAAGGGAAUUUAGGAGGGCUUAAACUAAGGCCCUAGCAGUGGGAAUGGAGUGGGGGGUGAUGACAUGAGAACUGUGUAGGCAGUGGAAUCAGCUGGUCUUAAGCGGUCUUUUGGAUGUGGAGUGGUGAGGGAAAGAGAAGUGCCCGAGACGGGUGGAUAUGAGGCUUUAUGAUUGAAGAGAGGAGUGUGGGCCAGAGAUGAGGUUCUAUAAGACAGCUUGUAGGAGCCACGCAUAUAUAUGGGACUGCCCAGGGAGAGCAUGUAGAGUCACAAGAGGAGAAGUUCAAGACGGAACAGGGAGCCAGGAACAUCCAAGGGCUAGCAGGCAGGGGAGUCAGCACCUGGCCCUGAAGAAGCUAAUGCAGCAUGGUCUGAGUGGAAGAAUUCAGAUUAAAUAGAUGAGGCAUGAGGGGAGACGGGACAUGAAGACCACUUUUCCAAGACACAACUGUGAACAGGAGACAGGAUGGCGAAAGCAGUACCUGGAGGGGAAGUGUCACAUUUGAAGACGAGGGGCACUGAGGAUGAGGAAUCAACUGAAAAAUGUGAAAAUAUUGGAAAUGCAGAAUCUGUGUGGCCAAAAGUGGAAGGUCUUCACAAGGAUCAUAUGCAGGAAUCUAAGGUUGGUGAAACUUGUGAUUGGGAUAGCAAGGUAGAGAAUCAGAUGGAAAAGCCUGAGGGAAAAAGAAUGAAGGAAGACAAAAGUGGCAUCAGGGAAAAGAUUGGCAAAACCAAGAAUACAACAAAUAUAAAGACAGAACAGGAAGAUGAGGCAUCUGAGAAAAGCUUACAUCUGAGCUCAAAACAUGUUACACAGCAGCCUGUCUGUAUAGAACAGAAAAGCAGUGAACAAGGCAAAUGUAUGGAGAGCAUUAAUGGAAACUCUCAUCCCAGUCUACAGCAGAAAACCAGUGGUGUUAAGAAAUCACAUAAAUGUGAUGACUGUGGGAAAUCCUUCAAAUAUAAUUCCCGACUUGUUCAACAUAAAAUUAUGCACACUGGUGAAAAACGCUAUGAGUGUGAUGACUGUGGAGGGACUUUCCGGAGCAGCUCGAGCCUUCGAGUCCACAAGAGGAUCCAUACUGGGGAGAAGCCGUACAAGUGUGAGGAAUGUGGGAAAGCCUACAUGUCCUACUCCAGCCUUAUAAACCACAAAAGCACCCAUUCUGGGGAAAAGAACUGUAAGUGUGAUGAGUGUGGAAAAUCCUUCAAUUAUAGCUCUGUUUUGGACCAGCAUAAAAGGAUCCACACUGGGGAGAAGCCCUAUGAAUGUGGUGAGUGUGGGAAGGCCUUCAGGAACAGCUCUGGUCUCAGAGUCCACAAAAGGAUCCACACAGGUGAGAAGCCCUAUGAAUGUGACAUCUGUGGGAAAACCUUCAGUAAUAGCUCUGGCCUUAGAGUCCACAAAAGGAUUCACACAGGGGAGAAGCCCUAUGAAUGUGAUGAGUGUGGGAAGGCCUUCAUUACUUGCAGAACACUUCUAAAUCAUAAAAGCAUCCACUUUGGAGAUAAACCUUAUAAAUGUGAUGAGUGUGAGAAAUCGUUUAAUUAUAGCUCUCUCCUCAUUCAGCAUAAAGUCAUCCACACUGGAGAGAAACCUUAUGAAUGUGAUGAAUGUGGGAAGGCCUUCAGGAACAGCUCAGGCCUUAUAGUGCAUAAAAGGAUCCACACAGGAGAGAAACCUUACAAAUGUGAUGUCUGUGGCAAAGCAUUCAGCUAUAGCUCAGGCCUUGCAGUCCAUAAAAGCAUUCACCCUGGGAAGAAAGCCCAUGAAUGUAAGGAGUGUGGAAAAUCAUUCAGUUAUAACUCGCUUCUUCUUCAGCAUAAAACGAUUCACACUGGAGAGAGACCUUAUGUAUGUGAUGUGUGUGGAAAAACUUUCAGAAACAAUUCAGGACUCAAAGUCCACAGGCGGCUUCAUACUGGGGAAAAACCAUAUAAGUGUGAUGUGUGUGGAAAAGCCUAUAUCUCACGCUCUAGCCUUAAAAACCACAAAGGAAUCCAUCUUGGGGAGAAGCCCUAUAAAUGUAGUUAUUGUGAGAAAUCCUUCAACUACAGCUCUGCCCUUGAACAGCAUAAAAGGAUUCAUACAAGGGAGAAACCCUUUGGGUGUGAUGAGUGUGGAAAAGCCUUCAGAAAUAAUUCAGGCCUUAAAGUACAUAAACGAAUCCACACUGGGGAGAGACCUUACAAAUGUGAAGAAUGUGGGAAAGCCUACAUCUCACUCUCAAGCCUUAUAAAUCACAAAAGUGUACACCCUGGGGAAAAGCCCUAUAAGUGUGAUGAGUGUGAAAAAGCCUUCAUCACAUACCGAACCCUUAUAAAUCACAAAAAAAUUCAUCUUGGGGAGAAGCCCUACAAAUGCGAUGUGUGUGAGAAAUCUUUUAAUUACACCUCACUCCUUUCUCAACACAGAAGGGUCCACACUAGAGAGAAACCUUAUGAAUGUGACAGGUGUGAGAAGGUCUUCAGAAACAACUCAAGCCUUAAAGUGCAUAAAAGAAUCCAUACUGGUGAGAAGCCCUAUGAAUGUGAUGUGUGUGGAAAAGCGUACAUCUCACACUCAAGCCUUAUUAACCAUAAAAGUACCCACCCUGGCAAGACACCCUACACAUGUGAUGAAUGUGGAAAAGCUUUUUUCUCAAGCAGAACUCUUAUAAGCCAUAAAAGAGUCCAUCUUGGGGAGAAACCCUUCAAAUGUGUUGAGUGUGGGAAAUCUUUUAGUUACAGCUCUCUCCUUUCUCAGCACAAAAGGAUCCAUACAGGGGAAAAACCCUAUGUGUGCGAUAGGUGUGGGAAGGCAUUCAGGAACAGCUCAGGCCUCACAGUGCAUAGAAGGAUCCACACAGGUGAGAAACCUUAUAGAUGCGAUGAGUGUGGGAAGGCAUACAUCUCACACUCAAGUCUUAUCAACCAUAAAGGUGUCCACAGUGGGCAGCAGCCGUAUAAUUGUGAGUGUGGGAAAUCCUUCAAUUACAGAUCAGUCCUUGACCAACACAAAAGGAUCCACACUGGAAAGAAACCAUACCAAUGUAACGAGUGUGGGAAGGCUUUCAAUAUCAGAUCAAAUCUCACCAAGCAUAAAAGAACCCAUAUUGGGGAGGAAUCUUUAAAUGUGACAAAUAUGGGAAGUCAUAGUAGCGCAUCACAGAAGAGAACUCACGAGGGAGGGAAUGCUCUGGAUGGGACCAGGAUUAGCAUGUCUCUGUAGGAGGCAGAGCUUAUCUAGGAU